AUGAAGUUUACCUCAAUUGGCUUGGUAUCGCUUUUGUCAACGGCCUUGGCGGCCAACCCCGAAUUGCAGCCCACCGAAAGACGUUGGUUCUGGUUGGAUGCUGAGGGUGGUCGCUAUAACGGUCUCCAUGUUGAGACUGAUGACUCUCAGCCGGACCGGUUUUUCCUCAAAAACGAAUACCACGGUUCGUCGCCCACGGCGUUCUUCGAAAACAACGACGACAUCCUUCGAGUCGACGAUCGCCUAGUCACCAUUGACGACCGCACUGGUGCGGUGCAAAGAAUUCCCAAGUGGUGUUCACAAAAAGUGUUCUCGGUGUUCAAAAUGUGCCAGCCCAAAAAGUACGAGAUCAAAGAUAACUAUCUUUGCAUUGGGGGGAUCUGCGACUUUAAAGGCUGUGAACAAUUGAAUGGGAAAGUGGUGUUGCUUGCUGACUUUGGCGCCUGCACUGACCCGGGUCCCCUCAAGUUGAAGAUUGCCGGUAAGGCUGCUGUUCUUUAG